AUGCGCGGUAAUCUCGAGACUCAGAAGCAGGUCGUCGGGAUUCAAUUGCAUUUAGAGAUUCUUUUCGCCUCCCCUCUCCGGGCCACUGGCACCCUGGCCGCCUCCGCCUUCCUUCACACUUGGAUCCCUGACCCUAGUCACACUAGGAGUCCUGACCCUGGUCACACUAGAAGCCCUGACCCUGGUCACACUAGAAGCCCUGACCCUGGUCACACUAGGAGCCCUGACCCUGGUCACACUAGGAGCCCUGACCCUGAUCACACUAGAAGCCCUGACCCUGGUCACACUAGGAGCCGUGACCCUGGUCACACUAGAAGCCCUGACCCUGGUCACACUAGGAGCCCUGACCCUGGUCACACGAGGAGCCCUGACCUUGAUCACACUAGAAGCCCUGACCCUGGUCACACUAGGAGCCGUGACCCUGGUCACACUAGAAGCCCUGACCCUGGUCACACUAGGAGUCCUGAACCUGGUCACACUAGGAGUCCUGACCCUGGUCACACUAGGAGCCCUGACCCUGAUCACACUAGGAGCCCUGACCCUGGUCACACUAGAAGCCCUGACCCUGGUCACACUAGGAGCCCUGACCUUGAUCACACUAGAAGCCCUGACCCUGGUCACACUAAGAGCCCUGACCCUGGUCACACUAGGAGUCCUGACCCUGGUCACACUAGGAGUCCUGACCCUGGUCACACUAGGAGCCGUGACCCUGGUCACAGAGUCCUGACCCUGGUCACACUAGGAGCCGUGACCCUGGUCACACUAGGAGCCGUGACCCUGGUCACACUAGAAGCCCUGACCCUGGUCACACUAGGAGCCCUGACCCUGGUCACACUAGGAGCCCUGACCUUGAUCACACUAGGAGCCCUGACGCUGGUCACACUAGGAGCCGUGACCCUGGUCACACUAGAAGCCCUGACCCUGGUCACACUAGGAGCCGUGACCCUGGUCACACUAGGAGUCCUGACCCUGGUCACACUAGGAGCCGUGACCCUGGUCACACUAGGAGCCCUGACCUUGAUCACACAUGGGACUCCAAUCCUGGUCACACAUGGAGCCCGGACCCUAGUCACAGGAGGAGCCCUGAUCCUUUGUGUUACCAGGAAGGCCUCACCUCUGGGCUCUGCAGUUUGGAAAGUAAGCCAUCUUCCCAGCGCUGGUCACAUCCAGCCCUACCCGCGUGCUGAUGGGCGGGGCUCGGAGCCUGUAGGCGUGGCCCCGAGCCCGCACAGAAACCUGGCCGGCCCGGAAGUUCCCUGCCAGACGACUCCGCCCGCCGACCCCGGGAAGCGUCUGAAAUUAAUUCUUGUUCCCUCGGCGGGCUGGCGGGUGGGCAACCGCUAA